ACCAAACUACCAAAGGGUAAAAGGCGACGGUUGACCAGAAAAAGAUACUUCACUCCAAACAAUGGCGAUGAUCCUCCAUUAACACACACACACCGAUACUCCAAUUCUCUCUCUCUUGACAGCAAAGAAGAGAGAGAAACCCUCUUUCUCUCUCAUGGCAGUCACCACCUCCACUCCCAUUCGAUCUUUCUUUAUCCAAUCACCGAACAGCCACCACCGCCGUCACAGUCACCACCGCCACCAUACUCCCCUCAAUCUCAAAAUCGUCACCCAAACUCGCAAAACCCAUCUCUCUUUUACACUUAAUAAGCUCCACAACCGUACUCCCCCACUAACAAUCGCUUAUUCCGGUGGAAAUGGCGACGACGGUGUCGGUGGAACUGGAGGAGGAGGAGGUGGUGGUGGUGGUGGGGAUGAUGAUGACGCAGGAGAGAAAAACAAAUCCGAGGCGUUUCUUGUACUAGCUGAAGCUGGGAGAUCGUUGGAAAGUAUUCCAAAAGACAUUGCGGCAUCGAUCGAUGCCGGAAAGAUACCCGGAUCGAUCGUGAAGAGGUACUUGGAACUGGAGAAGUCCGCCGUGUUCCGAUGGUUGCUUCAGUUUAGUGGGUUUAAGGAAAGAUUGCUUGCUGAUGAUCUUUUCUUGACUAAAGUUGGAAUUGAAUGUGGUGUUGGCAUCUUCACUAAGAGUGCUGCAGAGUUGGAAAAACGAAGGGAAAAUUUCACCAAGGAGCUCGAUUUUGUUUGCGCUGAUGUGAUAAUGGCGAUAAUUGCAGAUUUCAUGCUUGUAUGGCUUCCAGCUCCUACGGUUUCUCUUAGACCACCGAUUGCAGUCAGUGCUGGAGUUGUUGCCAAGUUGUUCUCUGGAUGCCCCGAUAAUGCUUUUCAGGUUGCUUUGGCUGGUACAUCCUAUUCAUUCUUGCAGAGAAUGGGAGCCAUAUUGCGUAAUGGGGCGAAGCUGUUUUGUGUUGGAACCGGUGCAUCUCUUGUGGGAACUGGUGUAACAAAUUUGUUGAUAAACGCAAGGAAGGCCAUCGAUAAAUCUUAUGCUGUUGAAGCCGAGGAUCUCCCCAUUUUAUCAACAAGUGUUGCUUAUGGUGUCUAUAUGUCGGUUUCUAGCAACCUUAGGUACCAAGUAUUGGCAGGAAUAAUCGAACAGAGAAUGUUGGAGCCAUUGCUACACCAACAGAAGCUCGUAUUGAGUGCCAUAUGCUUUGCAGUCAGAACAGGCAACACGUUUCUAGGCUCAUUAAUGUGGGUUGAUUAUGCACGUUGGAUCGGAAUUCAAAGGAGCAGGGAGUGAUCAAAGGAUCUUUGGAUGUUUACUGUUGUUUUCACUAUUCGGAUUAUGUACAUGCAAGCAAGGGUACAUGGUUAAAUAAUGAUAAUUUGUCAUUUGGAUCACAUUUCUACACUUGUGUGAUGGAUGUACAUUUGUUUGUAGAGGUUAUUUAAUGUAUUUCAUUGGUGAAACUUUCUUGUUA